AUGAUAAGCAAGAUAGAAUACCAAGCAACGCCUCCGUUUCAAUGCGCUAUUGGCGGAAACCCACAGGACAUCGGGAUCGUGGACUUUGUUCCUCCCAACGGCACGCAUGCGAUGGUCACUAUAGGCGACUAUCGUCAGCUCCUUGACGCUCUGUUGGACGCCCGGCCCUAA